AUGGGCUAGGUCUUAAGAGCGAGAAGAUGCGAAGAAUUGUGGGCUGAUUCCAUAUCAACACUAAAGGAAAACUCUGCAUGAUUCUAUUUACCACAUAAGCCUAAACGCAACCAGAGGUCACACUACUAGAUUGCCUGGUUCUCCACCUCAAAUGUUGGAUUAGGGAGCGCCAAGGAAUGCCCACAAACUCUGCUGCAUAGACCAAGCACACGAUGUCUUACAAUCAGCUUUCAUAUAUAACUUUACCCAGGAAAAAGGAUCUCACUCAUUCUGAUGUGAAAGUGAAGCCAGUUAAGUCUAUUGCUGCCAUAAACAACGAAGACUGGAAAAGCUUGCAACACUCUGUCACGGGGCUUUUUCACGACAAGAAGUUAAAAGGCAGGGAGCUCGACACGUUAAACGAAAAAGUUCGCAAUGUUUUGGAAUCCGACCUCGGUAGAUUCAUUUGUGAAUACUAUCAGGACUCUAUACUCAAAAAAGGAAUGAUAAUUCUCAAAGAACGAGUGAAAGAGAAGACUGGCAUGGUUUUGAUCGAGAAGUUAGCAACAGUUUGGCGCGAGUUUUAUACAACAAUAUUACCAACACUGUUGGCAAUUUUCUAUCCAAUUCAAGAACAGGGACUGUCAAUUCGAAAGACAACCUUGGUCGGUUUUCGUGAUAUCGUCCUGCUUAAGACAAGCAUCGAUGAGACAUUAAGAGCAAUUCCAAAGGAAAAAAUACCUUCUGAUAUUACACAAAUGCUUUUGGUUCUUGCAGGGGUUCAUGACUCUAACCCACCGAAUCAAAACUACCUGAAACUAGAAUCUCUUGUCGCGAGAUUAAUUUCGCCUUACAUUGGCUUUAACGGACUUUACCGUGGGGAAAAGCUUGCCGUGCGACGCCAAAGUUCCGGAACCGAUCAGCCUAAAAAUCAAGGACCACGAAAGAUUUCACGGUCACAUACAUUCAACGAAGAAAGUAAAACAAGAAGAUCCUCCUCGAGGGACAGUGACACUUCUGACUUGACCAAUUCACUGUUGGAUGUUGAUAUGUUUCAUUACUUGACGGUUGGGACUGGAGACGACUUUCCUGCAAUGUCAUGCAGGUGAAGGAGUUAGGCUGCGUUGCUUUGAUUCAAACCAGCAUGGUCAGGAUAAAAGCAAUGGUUCUUUUAAAGGAGAGUUACGGAGAACCACUGCUUCUCUUUUUGCUGCAUCUUUGAGCUCAUUUACCUACAAAUCGAACUUGUAGAACGAUAAAGCGUUUUGAUUUUAUUUCUUAAUGCUGUUCUUAUUUAAACUAAUUUUAAAAUGAAUUUUCAUUAUGUCGUAUGGUUUUCAUAAUUUUUUAACAUUGCGAAAAUUCUCAUUAUUUGAUAAAAAAAAUCGACGUUUCAAA